UAUUUAUUCAUUCAUUCAUUCAUUCAGUCAUUAUUCAUUCAUCACCAUAGAAACCACGCUACUCAUAUCUACACUCUGACAAAUUCUUCACUUUUGUUUUCAUUUUUAUUUAUCGCCAUAGAAACGUCUCGCAUUCUGAUUGGUUGCGCUACGCAUACGUAACAAAAUUCCGCGGGCUUCGCAUCACUUCGCACUUCAAGGUGCGCGCCAUCGUCCACCUCAGCACCUCGACGUGUCACUCUCUCAUGUCAUCACAACGUAGAUUCUCGCCCGCAGUCGCGUCGUCAAGCGUUGGAAUGGAGCAAGCGGUCAACCGGCUCGCAGACGAACGGGACACCGUGCAGAAGAAGACGUUUACGAAAUGGGUGAAUAAGCAUUUAGGCAAGGCGGGGCUUGAGGUGAGGGACUUGUUUCAGGAUUUGAGGGAUGGACGCAAGCUGUUGAAGCUGCUGGAGAUGUUCACGGGAGAGAAACUGACACCAGAGAAAGGAAGGAUGAGGUUUCACUUCAUGCAGAACGUGGCAAAUGCACUCAAGUGCCUGACAAGACACAAGGUGAAAGUCGUGAAUAUUCAUCCGGAGCACAUCGUGGACGGAAAUCCCAAGAUAACGCUUGGGCUUAUCUGGACUCUGAUUUUACACUUUCAGAUUUCAGAGAUCGCUGACAGUGCAGCUCCUGAGUCGUCGUUGUCAGCUAAAGAGUCGGUGCUGAAGUGGUGUCAGACGGUGACGGAAGGAUAUCCGAACGUACGAGUGCUCAACUUCACAACAACAUGGAGAGAUGGAAUGGCAUUUAAUGCGGUCAUUCACAGGCACAGGCCUGAGCUUAUUGACAUGCCAUCACUAAGCCCAGACAACGCAAUCGAGAACUUGGAGAAUGCCUUCUCAGUUGCAGAAACAGAACUUGGCGUGACUCGUCUUCUUGAUCCAGAAGAUGUCAAUGUUGCUAACCCUGAUGACAGAUCAAUAUUGACAUACGUUGCCUCUCUGUGGGAGGUUUUUCCUGUACUUCCUGAACGUCCAGCCGAGGCUCCCGAUGCAAAAUGGGACGAGUACAAGACAAUUGCGUUCGAGCUGCUGGAAUGGAUGGAGUUGAAGAUUGAAAUUCUCGAUGAUCGGGAUUUUCCUGAUAAUAUUCCUGACAUGGAGAUCUUGAUUGAGAAUUUUGAGAAGUUCAAGGUUGAGGAAAUUCCGGAAAGAGAAAAAGAACUGAAUACUCUGGAGCAAAUGUGGAACGAAUUAAAGAUUCUUCACACUCAAUCUAGUGUUCCAUUUUCAUGUCCCGAAGAAAUAGAACUAGAUGAACUAUGCAACUUGUGGAAAGUCAUGUUCAGAUCAAAGAGAGAGUGUGAGAUUGCAUUACUUGCAUGGCUUGAACGAUUGAAGAGACUACUAGCCAUUGCUGAGAAAGUGAAAGAAACGGUUGAAGUGUGCGAGGUUGAGCUCAACAUUCUGGAAGAACGAAUCAACAAGGGCGAAAGUGAGUGGCCUACGAUGGAUCCUGUUGAAGUGGAGAGAGACGUCACAGCCAUUGAUGUUGCUCUUCAGGAACAAGAGCAACCGAUACAGGGAAUGAAGGAAGAUGUUGCAGUUUUGGUGAAAGAGUCGUGGCAUGAGGGAUCUUUUCUCUCUUCAAAGGUUGAAGAGGUCUACAUUCGUUGGGAGACUCUCUACACUCGUCUCACACUCUUCAACAAUAAGAAGACCAGCAUGGUCACACUCACUCUACAAACUCUAAAAUCAGUCGAUGAAGCAUUGCAGUGGGUCAGACAGAAGAAGGCUUAUCUGGAAAUUAAUAUCAACAACUAUGGUAGUGAUCUCGACGAAGUACAGGUGCUGUCGAAAGACUUCUGGUCUGAAGUACAGACGAUCAUGGACUUUAGAAAACGAGUUACCGAAUGCCACAAUCUUCGAUUCAAGUUUGCUGCAUCUUGCAAGGGGUUGACAGAUCUUGAAGCUAAACUUGCCGAUCUUGACAUUGAAUAUGAUGAACUGACACGAAUGACUGAAUAUCGGAGAGAAAAUCUUCAUUAUCUUGUCAUGUUUCUCUCUCGUUGUCGCUCUGUUUCCGAUUGGAUUAAAGGGCAACAGUCAUUCUUGUCGGGCAUCAGCUGGGGUGACAUGAAUGUCAUGAAAACGAAGGUUGAGGAGAACCACAAUAAAUUUCAGAAAGACGCAGAGUCAUUCAAGGAGAAAUUUGAAAACUGUGUGAAGGAACACAACGAGCUACUCGCUGCUGGACAUCCAGCAGUUGAUUUAAUUAAGUCGUGUAUAGAUAAUCUUCGAAAGUGGUGGCCACGUGUGGCAACGUUAUUGGAAUGUUACGAAAGCCACCUCACUGUCUAUUGGCAAGCAAGGGAGUUCUAUGAUGUGUUGCAAGAGCUGCAGUUGUGGGUCUAUGAGAAGCUUGAUCUCACGGAGAACGUGUAUCGCUAUGUGGGCUUGUCCAGAGAAGAAAUCGAUGAGCGACAGAAGAAUAUGACAUCGUUGAAUGACGAGUUUGAGACUCAGUAUAGAAGAGUAUCAGUGUUGAAAGUACAGUGCGGGCAAGUACGUCCUCUAGAAUUGCGACGAAUGAGCGGCUUAAAAAGAGAGCGUGUUCCCAUCAAGGCAAUCUGCACAUUUGAAGAAUUUGAUGUUGAGAAGGACGACGUUGGAGAACUCGUUGAAGUGAAGUCGUACUCUGAGUGGGAUGUUGAACUGGAAAGGAAAGGUCCAAUGACGUGUCCAGGAUUUGUCUUCCACGUUCCACCUCCAAGUACGAAAGCGAAGCAAGACCUGGCAAGGCUGCAAGGACUCUUUGGCAGGCUCAGAGAACGACUGAACUGGCAUUUCUUGGCAAUCGAGUAUGUUCUUGAAAUCAUCGAAAUUCUGAAGGAAAUUACCAUCAUCAAGUCGUGGGAACUCGACGAGUUAUUUGACGACGAACGAGCAUCACGGCAAGCCAUUGUGACUGGAAUGAAUACAAGAUUUACAAACUUGAAACCGAAGAUCUCUAACAUAAGCCAAUCAAAUCAAGAUCUUGAUUCCUACCAGCUGCCUAAUCGUGUUACGGAAGCGAAUGAAUACUGGGACUUGAUGUGUCGUCGGUACGCCAGCUUUGAAGCCGGACGAGACGUCAACCAGUUGAGUAGAAAAACGAGAUGCGCGAUGGGAGAAGUGAUGAACUACUUGGUGUUGGUUGAUACAAUGAUGGUGGAACAGAAGAGAGUGGCUUGGAACAUGGCAGCCGCCAGACGACAGGAGACUGUAGUAAAGGCUGUGGCACUAGAUGUUGCAGCUCACACUGCACAAUACAAUGAAGUCGAGCGGUGGGCAACUGCUAUAGUAGCAAGGAACUCGUCUGAAGAGGAAGCUGCUGGUAUUGGUAAGGAAAUGGAAACCGUAAAGCGACGGUGGGAGUCGGUGUACGAAGAGACACGUAGACGACAGACGAGGAUUCGAAAGUCAAUUAAGCAGCUUGAAAAGUAUAGGAAUGACAAGAUACCACCGUUCAUCGAGUGGCUGGAAGGUGCAGAGGCUCGCAUGAAGAACUUCAAGAAGCCCGGUAAAUCGAUGCAACAGCUAGUGAAGCAAAUUGAAGAACACAAGGCUUUCUCAGAGCAAGUGAAACAAAACUCGAGUCAACUUGAUUCAGUUGUUUGCGAUGGCAAAGGAAUCAUUCAGAUAUCAUCGGAUUUUGAUGGACAAAUUCAACUGUAUGCAGCUCGUGAUGCCCAACUGGAGCCUCUUCCUUUACCCGACAGCAUCUCUGCAUACCAAGUCCACAUCCAUAGUGAAGCUGAACGAAUAGCUCAAGAGGAUGGCUUAGCACCCAUAGAUUCUGCAGACCUUGAACCGUAUUCUGUCAUUGUGGCACAUGAGAUUAAUGCAGACUUGGUGUGUCGUUACAAAAAGUUGCAGGAACGCAUUGAGAGAAGAACACAGGAGCUCGACGAAGCCAUGAGAUAUCGGGAGAACUUUAAUAUGGCUGUGGAUUCUUUGGAACCAUGGUUAGAGGGAACAGAGGCUGAAGUUGAAGCAGAGAUACCCACUGUGGUUGAGCCGGAAGUGGUAAUGCAAAAGAUAGAGCAGGUGGAGAUGAUGGAGAACAACGUCCUGAAGCGGCAGCCAGAUGUUGAUAGUCUUCAAGUUGCAGCUGACACAUUCCUUCUCACUCUUGGAGGUCAGAUUCGUCCCAUAGACAACUCAUCAGAAGAAGAAUCGGAUGAAGAUGACAUCCCUGAUGGCAACACAGUUUCUGCGCACAGUAAGCCGUCUGACGUCUCCCAACGAAUGUCUGACAUUUUAGCAAAGCUAAGGGCAAGGAAGGAAAUGUUGCUUGCAUCAUUGCCAAAGUCACAUGCUUUCAAUGCAUCGUGUGAUGAGUUUGAUGAGUGGCUGAGACAAGCGGAGACGAAGUCUCUUGUGGCUGUCGAUUUGCCGAGUUUGGAGAAUGAGACACUGAAAGCUCAGUUGCAGGAGCAACAGGCAUUUCAACUUGAUGUGUCUGAGCAUCAAGCCGCUUUGGACUCACUCAACGAUUCUGGAGCAAACGUGAUAGCUGAGAGUCCGUCAGACAAAGCAAACGUUGAAGAACGACUGAAGUCACUAAACAGCAGAUUCGCUACCGUUGAUACGAAUUCAAAAUCGAGACUAUCUGAUUUAGAGAAAGGCUUGCCAUUACUUGAACGAUUCAAGAAACUUUACGAUGAAAUAACAGCAUGUGUACAUAAUAUCCAACAACAGCAGUUUGAUGAACAACGUGUCGGACUAACUGAUGCCAUCCUGUCACAACAAGCAAAUGAGAAUGCCAGUCAGAAGGAGGAAAUCGAUACAACAAAUACCAAUAUCUCUGCUCUCGCAUCACUGGCUGAUGAAAUAGUCGACUUGUGGACUCCUCUUUUGAUGCAUCAAACAACGGCGAUAAUUGAUGAUGCGUUUGAGUCAAGUGUCGAUUUACCUUUGUUUUCUGAACUUGAGCCAAUACAUGAGAAAGUAGAGUCAGUAACAAAGGCAUGUAACGACGUAAGUCACCAUGCAACAGUCCGAUGUGCUGCCAUUCAAGACUCGCUGACUAAAGUGAGAAACUUUGAUUCACUGGCAACUGAUUUUGAAGCGUGGCUGUCCAAGAAGGAAGCUGAAGUGGAGACGUUUGAACCACUGUCUGCAAAUCUUGAAUGGUUGAAUCCACAGAUGUCAGCAUCCACUGAGUUUGUGCGAGAUAUUGAUGACCACAAGCCCUUGUAUUCAUCCGUUCAGAGCAAUGGUCUGGAUCUAAUUGGAUAUCGAGAAGCAUCUGAUGAAGGAGUUCGAAUGAUACAGUUGAGACUUGAUGAAAUAACAAGACGUUGGAACAACCUGAAUGUCAAAGCCGCUCAACGUACUGAAGCUGUAACGGUUGUUGUGAAUUAUAUGGAGAAGUACAAGCCGUUUGUCAAAUGGUUGGGGGAAAAUGAGCAGGUUGUAUUGCAGUUUGAGCCAAUGUGCUUGAGUGUUGAGGCUCUUCGUGAACAAACAAGAGAAAUUGAGGCUGUGCAGACUGACGUUGCAGCUUACAGUGAGAUGUACAAUGACGUUAUUGCUGCCGGUCAGAGUGUUGUUGCUUUGGGUGGAGACGUGGAUGAGGAUGGGUACAAGAAAGAGAUUCAUGAUGUUGAAGAGAUGUGGGAGGAUAUGGGUCUCCUUAUUGAGACGAGAGCUGAAAAGCUUCAAGAAGUGAGUGCAAUCUUAGGGCCAUUACAGGGUGAGUAUCAGCAACUAAUUGACUGGAUUUCUGCUGCCAAAGACACAUUGAGGAACACAACAUCUCAAGAAGCAGCAGUUGAAGACGACAAAAUUAAACAGGAGAGACUGAAAGCUUUUGCCGACAGCAUUGCAGAUCACAAGGAUUCAUAUAGAGAUGUGCUGGAGAGAGGACAGCAGCUGAGCAAUGACGUUUCUGAUGCCAACGUGUCACCUCUUGAACAGCAGCUGGACGAUCUGCAACAACAAUGGAACUCUUUGCAAGGAGCAGAAUGUAAUGAGCAACUCGAUCGGUUGCUUAAAUGGAUCAAACUCAAGGAGAAUGAGAUGGCAGAUUGGCAGCCAGUUGCAUUAAGAGAGGAACCAAUAUCUCAGCAGUUUGUCAAUUUAGAGAUGUUUGAGUCAGACUUGACGUUGCACAAUGAUGAGGUGAAGACGAUGAAUGAGAAGUCUGAAGUAUUGCUGUCUGAGUUGAGUAGGGAUGACAGUGAGCAUUCUCGUCUCAAGCAACAUCUCAACGAUCUCAACAAUCAGUUAGAUCAACUGCAUGUUGGGGCUGCAGAACGUCGAUCUUGUCUGGACGAAGGGAUGGACAAAGCGAGGAAAUUUGAGGUUGCAACACUCAAGCUGGUCCCUUGGCUGGAGAAUGCAGAAAUUAGAGUGAGACAGAUUGUGGAGGCUGAGGUUGAACCUGAAGAAAUGAAAGAACAGCAAGUGAAAAUACAAGAGUUCAACGAUGAAGUCAGCAAACAAAAGCCUGAGUUGGAGGAUGUAGUUGAAGCUGGAAACAGUCUCGUCCAAGGUUGCAAUAGCGAACGUGAAGAUGUCAAGGUAAUCAUUGUGGACGUUGAAGACUGGACUGAACGUUACAACCAACUGAAUCAAGCCAUUCAAAACUAUUGGGACAAAAUGAUGGAGCAAAUGAGCUCGGCAUCUCAGUUUGGAGGCUUGUAUGAUGCUGUUCUCAAGUGGCUGGUGCAAGCACGUGAUCAAGUGAGGACCUUUCCGAGUCCAGCACUGACUGUUGAAGGAAUAGACAAGCAAAUGGAAUUUGUGGAAGACCUUGAAUCUGCAGUGAAAGGAAAAGAGUAUGAAAUCAACUCGUUUGUCACCAGAGGUAAUGAACUAGCAUUAGAGACUAAGUCAUCAGGAGAAAGCAAGAUUAAAGCCAAAGUUGAUGAUGUGCAGUCCAAAUGGUCAGAUCUCCAGGCAGCUGCAGCUGAUCUAAACACUGCUUACAUAACCACACGUAGAAAGGCUGAAAAAUAUGAAGACGGAUACAAAGAAUUUGAUCAAUAUCUUACCAUACAGGAAGAACUAGUUGGAAGCUUUUCAGGCAUUGGGGUUCGACCAGAAGAUGUGAGCACUCAGAUCGCUGAAACGAAUGCCGUACAGGCUGGAUUACAAGAGCAUGAACUAGAGUUGCAAGGGAUUGACAAUUUAGCUGCAGAUUUAUGUGAUGGUCGACAGACUGACGAUCCAAACAAACUAUUCAUUGAUAGCAAUGUAGCCAGUUUACAUGAACGAUACGAUUCACUGAAGAAACGAGUUGCUGAUUAUGCAGCCAAGGCAGCAGAUGCAUUACCAAAGGUUGAGAAAUACAAUGUGUCUUUUUGUGAUCUGAAUGACUGGCUAAACAGCUUCACUGAUCAAGUGCGAAAUGUCAAGCCGGUUGGUAUCAAACCAGCAACAGUUCAGCAACAAGUUGAUGAGCUAAAGUCAUUUUGUAGUGACUUAAACAGCCACAAGCCUCAACUUGAUGAUGUUGUUGCGGCUGGAAAUGACAUGCUUGCCAUUGGCAGACCAAGAGGUGAUCAAGGAACUGAGAAUGUUAUGUCUGAACUAUCUGAGAUGCAAAGCCAGUGGAAUAGCAAUGUGAAAGCAUUGAAAGAUCGACAGGCAUUGGUGAGUGCUUGUUUGCCACUAAGCCAACAAUACCAUCCACUUGUGUGUGACAUGGAACAAUUUUUGGACAAAACAGAGGAGACGCUUCACAAGUUUGAUGAUCUUCCUGUUGACCCUGCAACCCUGCAAGCUUUACAGAGAGAAGUCGAUUCUAUUGAGAAAGACAUCAAGGAUCAUGAGGAAACACUGGUUAAAGCCAAGAAAGUUGGAGAAGAGUUCACAUCUUGUCGACCAGAAGAUGACUCAAACAGAGAAGAAAUUUUGAGUCAGUUGGCUUCUUUGGAAGAGAAAUAUUUGACUGUGAAGGAAGAUGCUGGAAAAUUAGCAAGCAGACUUUGUGAUGCUUUAGAGAAAGCAAAGCAAGCAACAUCUCAGUUAGACGAUGUUCUACAGUGGAUUAAAGAGAAGCAUGAGGAGGUGGAGAGUGCAGAUACGCCUGGUGUUGAACAGGAAGAAGUGGAGAAACAAAUGGAUUCUCAUUUGGUUUUCUCAGGAUCUGUUGACGAGUAUGAGCCUAAAGUAAGUGAAGCAUGUGAUGCAACUCGUCAGUUGCUAGACAAAGACAAGGGAGGCAGCGAUCUUGAAGCCACUUUGAUGGCUGUGUCUGACAGUUGGAACUCUUUGGGUGAGAGUAUUGCGAAACGAAAGGAGAAGCUAGAGGAUGGACUAACGAAGGCCAAACAUUUCAAAGAUAUGCAUGAUGAAAUGACCACGUGGCUGGAUGAAACAGAAGAGGAAAUUGGGAAGCUAGCACAAACUUCCAUACAUUCUGAUGUCCUUCAAAAACAGCUGGAAGCAUGCAAGUGUUUGCAUGGCAAGGUCGUGUCUCAACAGCCAGUACUCGACUCGUUUCAUGUCUCAGCAUCUGAUCUGACAGAAUGCAGAUCUGCUGAUGACUUGGGACGUCAAAGUGUUGAGUCAAAAGUGCAAGUUGUUGAUGAACGUUACGGCAAGCUCAGAGCUAAGAUUGAUGAACUGGCGACUGCUCUGGAAUCUUCGUGUGGUCAAACUGAGAAGUGUGAGGCUUUGUGGGCAGAGCUGCAACCAUGGCUUGAUGAACAAAAGCAGAGACAAUUAAAUGUUGAUCCUGUGGCCUCAGAAUCAGAGAAACUGAACUCACAGCUGGAAGAAUGUCAGGCUGUUAUAGCAGCGUUUGACGAGUGUCAGCCCAGAAUGGACGAAUUUACUUCUCUGUCACAUGAUCUUUUAUCAAGUCAAUCUCCAGAGGAAGAAGCUUCCAUUGCCUUUGCUGAUCGACUUCAAAAUGCCAGUAAUCUCUGGAACAGCUUGAAAGACGGAGCUGAUGAACGGAAGACAGCUGUAGGUGAUGCAUUAGAGAAAGCUGGACAGUUUGAGGCUGCUCUGCAGUCACUGUUGACAUGGCUUGAUAGUAAGGAAGCAGAAAUGGAAGGAUGGGAGCCUGUUGCAUUAGACAUUGCACCAUUAGAAGAGCAACUGGGAGAUAACAAGACCUUCCGGUCUGAUGUAUCAGAACACAGGCCCUUGUUGAAUGCAGCAGCGUCGUCUGCAAGUGCUUUGACAACCGAUAAACCAGACACUGCAUCAUGUCAACUAGUCAGUGAGAAAGUAGCGGACGCACACAAGAGAUUUGAUGUCGUUGAGAAAGCUGGUAAUGACAGGAAAGAAGAGCUGGAAGCAACACUUACCAAGAGCAAAGCUUUCCAUGAUAACUGUGAUGAUCUGCUUGGAUGGCUGGUUGUGAAGGCAGAUCAGCUAGAACAUUUGCCCGAUGUUGAACUAAAGCCACAACAAAUACAAGAUCGAAUAGAGGAACUUGAGGCGUAUAGUCAGCAGUUGGAAGAGCAACAUCCUAAGAAAGACGACAUCAAUGCACAGCUGAAGUCUCUGAUAGGCUCGUGGUCUGUAGACGACCCUAUAGUGGCUUCUCCUUCUGCAACAGCUGCUCACGUCAGUAGCAAGUUUGAUGAGCUGGUCAAGCUGCUGGAUGACAAGCUAAUGCAACUGAAAGAUGCACUGCCUGUUGCUGAAAAGGUGAAAGCAGAAUGCGAUGCCAUAACUGACUGGAUGAACAAUGCACGAGAACGAUUAGAUGUGAUGCAACAAGCGGUGGCAACUGCAACCGACAGUCAAGAGAAACUCGAUAAAUUAAAGGAGUUAGUGUGUGAAGCUGCAGAGCACGAGUCACAAGUCAACGAGAUGAAAGACGACGUGGCACAACUGACGGCGUUGUUUAACGAAGAUUCAGAACAAACAACGGCUUUGCAGAGAGAAUCAGAUAAGUUGGCAUUGGAGUUUAAAGCAUUAAAGGAUGUCAUUGAUGACAAGCUGAAGGAACAUGAAGCUGCUCUUUCCAAAGUUCAGGGAGUGCAGUCAUUGGUUGUUGAUGUACUUGACAAGCUGAGACCAUUUGAAGCAAGACUUGACACCAUUGAACCGUAUUAUGUGAAUGUAGAGAAAAUUGAAGGAAACAUAGCUGAAGUACAACAGGUUGAAGAGGAAGUGAAUGCACUGCAGACAUCAUACGAGUCUGCUGUGGCUGCUGCAAAUGAGAUACAACCAUCAGAUAGUGAACCCAAUGAAUCAACAGCUGCUCUUAUUAAUCAAUGGGAAGACCUAAAGAACAAAGUGGAAGACAUGAGUGAUGAUUUAGAGGCAGGACUGAGUCGUGCGGAAGAUUUUCACGAUCGACUGAAUGAAGUGACUUGCUGGCUUGCGAAGAAAUUGGCUGAUCUGGGAGAAGCAGCUCCAGUGAAAGCAACACCCAAUGCUGUCAAAGAGCAAAUACAUGAAUACACACCUGUUUUUAGGGAGAUUGAAGUGUAUCGGGGUGACAUACAGCAGUUUGACAAAGACGUUCGAGAAUUUGUGACUCGUAUACCUGAUGAGCAUCCUGACAGAAAGUUCAUUUACGAAAAUCUCAAUAGCAUACACGAACAAUAUGGACAACUGGAAAAGUCAUCAACUCAACGCAACACGGCUCUAACUCGAGGCCUCAACAGAGCAGAGAAGUUUCAGUCUGAUGGCAGUCGUCUGCUUUUGUGGUUGUCAUCCAUGCAGAUAGACAUCGAGUCUCUUCAAUGUUCUGUUGCUGAUCCAGACUCAGUGAAAGAUGUCAUUCUAAAGGCUCGAGAUAUUCAGUCGGAUAUUGAUGAUCACAACAGUAAGCUGUCUCUUCUUGCUGAUCAGGCAGGACAGCUUACAUCUCAUCUUGAGGAGGAGGAACCUUCAAAAGUGACCGUGAUUGCAAAGAAACAGACGGUAGAGGAGAGAUACAGAGGACUAAACCCUGUGAUUCAUUGUAAAUUGAGAACAUGGGAAGAAGUGCUACCAAUAGCUGAAGAAUUGAAGGAGAAAGCUGAUGAGGUGAAGAAGUGGAUUCCAUUGGCUGAGAAGGCACUAGAAGAGUGUAGUGGGAUACCAAAUGAGGCUGAUGCUAUCAGGGAACAGCAAGAAAGAGUUGAAGCUGUUCUAAUUGAUGUUGAAGAGCACGAAGCUCCUGUAGCAGAUCUAAACAGUCUUCUUGAGGGAAUAACUCGGAAACUUCCGGAUGAUGAACAUCAGGUUAAUGAAGCUGCCACGGAUGUCACUGCAGUCACCAAACAGUACAACAGUCUGCAGUCUGUGGCCACAACAAAACGCGACGCAUUGGCAGAUGCUCUGUCUAAGGCAGAUGCAUUUCAAGAAACAUUUGACGACCUGAAGCAGAAACUUGAUGAGGUGGAUGCAACUCUUGUUGAUCUGAGUUUGCCUCUUCCUCUGAAGACAACUGACGCUGAAGCUCAAAUUGAGAAAGCUAGGAACGUAGAGAAGCAACUUGCAGAAAUUAAGCCACAGUUGAACGAGCUAGCUUCUCGAGCAGACGAACUGAAAGCCGUCAGUGACCCUGAGAGUGCAGCUAGUGUUGAUGAGAAGGUCGACAGUAUGAAUGAUCAUUAUGGCCGACUCCAAGCUCUACUUGCAGACUUAGUACCGCAACUUGCAGCUAGCCUGGAACGAGUGACUGAUUUUAAUAGAAAUGCAGACGACCUGAUCAAAUGGCUAGUGGAGAAAUCGUAUGCUUUAAAGGAUCCGUUUGUACCGAGAGCUGUUCCGGAUGGUGUAAAACAGCAGUUAGACGAUCACAAGAACGAGUUCGAGGACACUCUUGAAUCAAAGAAUUCUGAUCUCAACGACGUAUUAACAGCAGGGAAAGAACUAAAGGAAAAGUUGUCUCCAGAAGAUGCAGCAGUGCUGCAGAAAACUCUCACUGAUGUGCAGACCAAGUGGGAUGAUCUAUCACAUCAGGUUGUUGACCGAAGGGCCGAACUUGAAGAUGCUCUCAAGCAAGCAGAGACGUUUGAGUCUCUGUGGACAGUAACGAUGGCUGCCAUUGCAGACAAGACACAACAGAUUGAUGAAAUGCAGCCUGUGGGAUCGGACGUACAGACGGUGCAGGAUCAGAUGGACGAACUGCAGGAUUACCAGCAGAGUGGAGAGCCGGUGCAGAACGAUGUCGCGUCUCUGAAAGCUGACGGCAGGCACCUCAUCGAAUCAUGCGAUGAACAAGAUUCGCCGAUUAUCAAGACAAAGCUAGAACAACUGGACACAUUGUGGGAUUCGCUCCAAUUCAAAACGACUUCUCGGCUACGAGAUCUUGAAGACAUGGCAAUCAAGUUGGGUCAGUUUAAGGAUGCUUUAGCUGACUUGCUGUCGUGGUUGACUGAAACGGAGGCGACAUUGGCUGCAGCAAAAGCGAAACCAAUUGGUUCUGAUGUCAAGACGAUUAUGGUGGAUAUAGAGAAGACUGAGGCUGUAAACACAGAUAUUGAAAGUCGAAAACCGAGCGUCAAAGCAGUCAACGAUGCUGGUGCAAACAGCAACGACAAUGGAGAUACAAUUGAUAGUGAACUCAUGAAAGAACUCGACAGUGUCAACAGUCGAUACGAUGCGGUCAGCAAAGAUGCUGUCCAACUGUUGAUGGCUUUAAAAGAUGCGUUGGACAGAACAGAACGGUUUGAGAAGGAUGUGCAGAAGCUGGCUGCUUGGAUAAGCGACGUAGAAGAGAAACUCAAUGAAGAGAAACGAGUUGGUGGUGUACCUGACACAUGCAGACAGCAACUGGCAGAUCUUGAGGCGCUCUCUUCGGACAUCUCUGAUCACGAUCCUCACUUCUUGGCGCUCAACAGUCUCGCUCUUGACGUGAAGAAUCAAGGCAAUUCGGAAGACGUGGAAGCAAAGCAACUCAAAUUGAACAAUCGAUGGGUCAACUUGAAAUCGAAAGCAGACGAAGAACACGUAAAGCUCGAGCAUGCACUACAGACUGCCGAGGAAUUUCAACAUCAACACGAGACGGUGUACAGCGCGUUUGCAGAGUUAGAGCAUCAGCUGGCCGAAUGCCAGCCGAUUGCAACGGAAGUGCAUCACAUCAAGCAGCAGCUAGAAGAGCACAAGGAGUUUCAGAAACAGAUGGAGCCACACAGGGCAGACGUCAAUGCACUGAAUGAAUCAGCGUUAGCGAUCGUGAAGGUUUGCCAGCCGGACGACAAGACGGAGGUCGAGGAUCAACUCAGUGACAUCAACUCACGAUGGAACGACCUCAAUCAACGAUCAGUAGCUCGACAACAGAAGCUGGAAGAAGCAUUGCUAUCAGCUGGACAGUUUCAGGAAGCUCUUGAUGAAUUACUGGCUUGGGUUAGAGAUAGGGAAGCUUCGCUUCAUGAUGCCGAGCCAACAACCGGCGAUGUGGAGAAACUAAAGCUGUUACUGGAUCGACUCAAGGCCCUUGAAAGGACAGUUGAGGCUCGACAGCCGAACUAUGAGGCCAUCUUGAAGGCUGGUGGUGUUCUUGUUGCUCAGAGUGACCCUCAUGAUGGUGCAAUGUUGAAUGAGUCGAUGGCUGAUUUGAAACGACACUGGAUGAUCCUUGAAGAUGCGUUAGCGGCACGAGAAAAGAUUCUGGAAGAUGCACUGCGCCAUGCUAUUCAGUUUCAGGCAAGUUGCGGACCGUUGAGGAACUGGAUUGAUGGAGCACUGCCGAUUGUAGCUGAAGACCAGCUUGUGUAUGGUGACACAAAGAUUGUAGAUGAUCUAAAGGCAAAGCAUCAGAGUUUCCUUCGCGAAAUCGAUGGCAAGCAGAUCGGUGUCGAUGCUACCACAGCAGAAGGCGAAAAGCUGGCAAACGAAAUCCUCGAUGAUGGAACAGACAUUGAAGCAGACGUCGAGCAACUCACCAGCAAGUGGAAUCAACUCAAAGAUGCAGCCAAAGCAUACGGCGAUGAUCUUGACGAAGCUGCAUCAAUGGCAAACAUGUUUGGAGCCCCAUAUGAAGAGCUAAUGAGCAAGCUGGCUGCAUUCGAGCAAGAGGUGGAUAAUGCAGAUAUUGUGGCUGCAGAAGAUAUGAAGUUGCUGGAAACACAACAGGCACAACAUACAGAUUUCCAGCGUCGUGUUGGAUUGAAUCAGCAAUCUGUCGAUGGCAUGUUAGCCAAUGGUUCGACGAUACUUCGUCGCUGCCACCCUCGAUCUGCUCGCGAAAUUCAACAGAAAGUGAAGGAUCUCAAUGACUUGUGGAAGGAUGUGUGUGACAGGAGUGUGGGACGACAGCAGGAGAUCGACGGCGCGUUGAUCAAACUUCGUGGAUUGCAGCAAUCUAUUGAUGAAGUUGCUGCGUGGUUGACGGAAGCAGAGGCACAGACAGAUGCUAUUGAAGAGAAGCAGAUUCCAGAUGACGAGGCCCAACUACAAGUUUUACUCGCUGAGAUGGAGCCAUUUCAAGACGAGAUGACCCAACAUCAGUCAAAGAUGGACGCCUUACUGAAAUACGUCAAAACGCAACGUCGAACGAGCAGAACGACGAGCACUCCCAUCAGCCAAGAACAUCAAGUAACAAUCUCAUCUCUCCAUCGUCGCUGGCAGGCUCUGUGGCUCAGAAUCGCUGAUCGAUACCAGAAGCUGCAAGAUGCAAGAGACAGGAUGAAGGUUGCUCGAGAUUUCGAUUUUGAUAUGUGGAAACGUCGCUUCUUUCAGUGGAUGGACGAGAAGAAGGUUAGGGUGAUUGACGUAUUCCGUCAGUUUGACGCAGAAAACAGGGGGAGAAUCAGUCGCAAGCAGUUUGUUACUGGCAUUUUGAAUAUGGGAUACACCGCGUCAUCCGCAGAACUCGAGACAGUAGCCGAGAAAUUCGAUCUCGACGGCGACGGAUUCGUUGAUUACCAAGAACUCAGCGCUCACGUCCGCCUAAAGCGCACACCAUCCGUUCGCUACCGAGAACCUCGCACUGCAGCAGAGAAACUCGACCAAGAGAUUCAUAAAGUCAUCACUAAAGUCUCCUCUGACAAUCAGUUCACGUUCACGAGAGUUGCUGAUGGCAAGUAUAGAUUUGGCGACAAUCAGAAGAUAUUUUUGGUGCGAGUUUUGCGAAGCACCGUUAUGGUGCGCGUUGGAGGCGGAUGGAUGGAGUUGGGAGAAUUCUUCCAUUACUAUGAUCCCUCCAAAGCGACCGGUCGAACGAACAUCGAUCUGCGCGCCAUGCUGCGUCAGCCCCGCGAGAACGUCACCGGACUGCACACAAUGGGCGCGCGCACUAAAACCCAAUCAGCAGUCGCGUCGAAAAACCGCCAAACCCUCGCGGCGGCCGCCCAAGACAAAGACGCCGAAGUGAAGACUCGCCAGCUGCCGAGCGGACGCCGCGAGACGGUCAUCACAAAGCGAAAAGAGCUACGAGAGGGAGAAGUCGUCGAGGUAGUCGACGGCGUCGAGUACAGCGGCAAACUGCGGCAUUCGACGAAAACGCGACGCCAUGUUGGAACGACAGUCACUCGGACGACAUCGGAAACGGUCGUUAGACAGCCCAGCGUCAUAAAACGGACGGUGACGAGAGAGCUGCCCGGAGGAGGAACGGUGGAAGAGACGCGCACGUUUCAUGAAAAAGCGUCGCCCGUUGUAACAAAGAAACUCUCAACGACGAUGACAAGCCACCAGCAAGCUUCCUCGCCCGUUGAGACAACAAGAACGACGACUACAACUUACUCGGCGUCUCCCACAGCUGACAACCUCGUUACCGAUGACUCCGACGGUGCAGUCGUGAAAACAGUCGAGAAAAAAGGAGCAGUGACGAGAAUAACUAAAGUGACUAAAGUAUCCGGGUCGCUUCCGGUAACGCACGGUAAACGUCCCGCGCAACUUUCGAUAAGGACACCGAAAACGGCGCUAACAAGCACGAGUGAGGCGUCGAGAAGAGUGCGUGAAGGAACACCGACGAGGGGAACGCCGACGAAAGGCUCGCCGGCCAAAUCUCACAUUCCUGUUCGCUCGUCAAGCGGGAAACAAAAGACAUGAAAUGGAAUUAGGAAAUUAACUAAAAAUGCUGCCUGUUUUGAAGCGUACACUAGGUAUGCAUGGUUUCUAAUGUUGAGUAACCCUCCGUGUAGGCAAUGAAUCCUAAUUGUAGGUCAUUUGACGUAGUUGUUGUGUUGGCAUGCUCUAGCGAUGAACAAUAAUUCAGUUAUAAUCAA